CUAGCCACCAACUUCCGCACAUAAUCUAAAGUUCACAAGAACUUUAGAUUAACACCUAUUUUCACGUUUUUAAAAGAAACGAAAAAGUUUGUAAAUUUGUAACAAAGUCUAUUCACCCCCCCCCCUCUAGACUUUGUAAAUCACCACUUCGGGACCACCAUGAACGUUUUCUUGUGAGUAAGGCUCUCUUUAGUUGCAAGCUCUCUUCACGGAACUCGGUCGGUCCGCACGUUCUCAAAAUGAUUGGUUACAUAACCAAUCUAGAGAAACUCGGGUUCUCCUUGCAGAAGGAGCUGGCAACGGACCUGAUCCUGCAGUCGCUCCCUGAGCUGUAUAAGGGUUUUGUCAUGAACUACAUGAUGCAUGAUCUUGACAAACCCCUUCCGGAGCUUCUUAAAAUGCUCCAGACUGCAGA